AUGUCUCUCACUCAAGACGAAGAAUCUGAUACAUCCAUCCUCUCUCAAAUUCAUAAUUUAUCAUAUGAUGGUAAGGAAGAUGCUUUCUUCUUCUGCAAUGACGUCCGCAACCUCAUCACAAGACCUCAUCAGAAUUCAAUCUCCAUCCCUGACGUUGUCAUAUGCGAAAUUCUACUCCAAGGAUUGAAAGGCCCUUAUAAGACUCUCCAAUCCAAAUACGCUCUGGGUGAAAGUAACAAAAAUAUCUCCUCCAUUUUGCAGGAUAUUCAAUGGUUAUAUCACUUACAUGGUACCUCAUCUGUAGUUCCAUCCACCAAAUCUGGUUCUGCGACUUCAUCCAAAACAAAUGUUGCACACGACAAGGGUAAACAUGAAAAUAAAGGUCCUACCACAUCCUCGACUACAAAAAAGUCUGGCUCUACUUCAAAAACAUUUAAGAAGGCAAGUCCUCCUAAAAAACGGCUGGAAAAGGCACAAAAUAUCUCUUCUGAUUAUCAGCAUCCUCCACCUCCGUCCAAUGAUGGUUACGAACUUAGGCCUCCUUCAACAGUGAACGAAGUAAUUCUUAGGCCUUCAUCCAAAUUAACUGAUGCGAAUUCUAAACCUCAACCUUCCUUAUCUGAUUAUGAUAACACCGACGCUGAAGAUUAUCCGUCUUUACCAGGUCACUUAUUACUCAACACUGGUUCAUCCACAUCUUUGAUUCACUAUUCUGACCUUCUUCAUAAUAUGAAACGUACCACUGAUACGAUGGUGCCGGAUGCUCAGAGCAGACCCAUUCCAUUUCAAGCGUCCGGCUCUCUUGUGCUGAAUUUCAAACAUAAGAAUUCCAUCGCUGUCAGAGCUGUUCUAACAAAGUGGUUGCAUAUGAUCUGUUAA